AUGUCAGCCAAUUCGAUAAAGCUCCUGUCUGGCAACAGCCACCCUGAGCUCGCAAAGAAGGUCGCAGACAGGCUCGGGAUAGAACUCACAAAGAUCCUCGUCCUCCAGUACUCCAACCAAGAGACCUCCGUGACAAUCGGCGAGUCGGUCCGCGACGAGGAUGUGUUCAUUCUGCAGUCCACGGCGCCGGGGGACAUCAACGACGGGCUGAUGGAACUGCUCAUCAUGAUCAACGCGUGCAAGACGGCGAGCGCCCGACGCAUCACGGCCGUCAUCCCGAAUUUCCCGUAUGCGCGGCAGGACAAGAAGGAUAAAUCAAGAGCGCCGAUUUCGGCAAAGCUGAUUGCGAACAUGCUGCAAACGGCGGGGUGCAAUCAUGUCAUCACGAUGGAUUUGCAUGCUAGUCAGAUCCAGGGCUUUUUUAAUGUGCCGGUUGAUAACCUGUACGCCGAACCUUCAAUGCUCAGAUACAUUUACGAGAACUUCGACUACAAGAGCGCAGUUAUCGUCUCCCCUGACGCCGGUGGUGCCAAACGUGCCACUGCUAUCGCCGAUCGUCUAGAUCUCCCUUUCGCUCUCAUCCACAAGGAACGAUCGCGGCCCAAUGAAGUCAGCAGGAUGGUUCUUGUCGGCGACAUCUCAGACCGCAUUGCGAUCUUAGUAGACGACAUGGCAGACACUUGUGGAACUCUCGUCAAGGCUGCACAGACACUAAAGGCUAAUGGCGCCAAAGAGGUGGUAGCAAUUGUCACCCACGGGAUCCUCUCUGGCAAUGCCAUCGAGGCCAUCAAUAAGAGCGAAUUGACAAAGGUAGUGGUCACCAACACAGUGCCACAUGCGGAGAAGAAAAAGAGGUGUCCGAGGCUUGAGACAAUCGAUAUUGCGCCGACGCUUGCGGAGGCUUGCAGGAGAACACACAACGGUGAAAGUGUCUCCUUCCUCUUCAGCCAUGCUCCUAGCUGA